CACACCGGACGAAGCUCUUAUCAGAAUUUUCAAAAUUGAAAUUGAAAAUUUCAGAAGUGAGAAGUUUCAUAAUGAUUUAUUUAUUUUUUCAACGUUGGAUGUGAUGUGCUGCAUUGCGAAAGUGUAUCAAAAAUGAAUCGGCCUCAGAAUAAGGGAUUGCUUAACCUUUUGGCUUAAUUAUGAUCAACGUAUUCAUUUUCCCCGAUGAUAUCAAUGGAUACGUUUGGGAUAUUGAAGACUGGCUUAAAAUGAGAAUAGAUCACCGAAUUAUUGGAAAGUUGGUGGGGAAGUCAUCUCAGAAACAAGGAACAGAAUCUGGAUUACCGGUUCAAUUAUUUCCCGAAGAAAUUAGUUUAUUGAAGGAGAAAUCAUUUGCACGAGUUGUUCAUGGCCCAUUAUCAAGAAAUGAAUUGGACGAGAAAUUUGUUACAUGCGACACAGAAGAAAGGAAACUAUUUUCGGAUAACUUAAAAAAAUUGCACAUUGAGAGGAGAAAAAAAGAACUGGAGGAAAAAAUUGACUUCAUCAUUGAAGGUAAAAAACGGAAGAAUCCUCUUAUGCACGAUAUGAAUAAGGAGAAGAUAAUUGAGGAAGAGUUGGAAAAAACAAGAGUAUUGUGUGAGAAAAAUGCCAAUUUUAUAUUGACGGACGAAGACAUUUUGAUUGAUGAAUCGAAAUUAGUUGAUGCACAGUGGACCUACCCUAACUCUAAUAAGGAAAAAUUACGAUACGAAGUUUUCAAAGACCUGUGGGAAAGAAAUUUUAGAUUGACGUGCGGAGUCAACUUUGGCGGUGAUUUUUUAUGUUAUGAAGGUGAUCCAAUUGAAUUUCAUGCGUCGUACAUUGUAGCAUGUAGACCCAGUGACUCAAAAAUUAGUUGCAAAGAAUUAAUAUCGUAUGGACGUGUUGGUAAUUCAACUAGAAAAAUUGUUGUAAUUGCCUCGAAAAAUGUUCUUGAGAAUGAGAAUGAGAAUAGUGUGAUGUAUCAAUGUCUCGAAUGGAUAAGUGAUAAAGAUAAAGCAUUAGAAAAACUGACAAAAAAGUAAAAACGUCUACUGAGUGAGGAAUUGAAAUGUGCUGAGUAGGCUGAUGCAGUGAAAACACUGAAAACUGAAAACCCGUGCAGAGAAAAUGACUGUACUUACAAUCCUUAUGUAUGUAGCUGUGUGCAUCGUUGGUGCAUUUAUUGCGAAUUUAUAACACGAAUUUGCAAUUCUUUCAAGCAUCUCGGUGUUCAUCAUCGUAAUAUUUAUGUUUUAUUUGCUUGGAAGUGUGAUAGAAAAAUGUGUGGAUAAUGCAAUUUAAUUUUGUUAUUUGUUACUUUCAUUCAAUAAAUUUACGACUUCGAAUUAUUCGAAAA